AUGGAAUGGAUACAGAGCGAGAGGGGUGGGCGAAAGCUCCUCCUGGGAGGAUACAUGUACGUCAAGCAAAAAGAUUUGGCAGAUGGGUACGAGGGCUUUGAAUGUGAGCUACGAAGGAACACACGACAAUGCAGAGCAAAAAUUAAGUUGCUGUCAACGUCUGAAAGUUGGUUCGCUGAUGGCACGUUCAAGGUAGUGCCGACCAUCUUCUUCCAGUUGUGGACAAUCCACGCCACAUAUGAGGGACAUGUGGUGCCUUUGGUUUAUUGCCUCAUGCUAAAUAAGGACCAGGCGUCAUAUGCAAGGGUACUAGCAGCACUACAGGAGGGAAGGGCGUUCUACCCAACCAGAAUCAUGAUCGACUACGAAUUUGCAGCGAAGAACGCAUUUUCCCAGGCAUUUCCAAAUGCUCACGUUCAAGGAUGUCUUUUUCAUCUCUGUCAGAGGAUACAUGAACGGAUCAAGCAAGAAGGGCUGCAGGUGCUCUACAACGAGGAUGAGGAGAUCCGGACACAGGCGAGAAUGAUAGGAGCGAUUGCAUUUGUGCCAGUGGAAGACACCGUGGAGGCGUUUGAAGCCUUGGCAGGCAUUGCAAGGGCAGAGCUGCAACCUGUCCUCAAUUAUUUUGAGGAUACUUAUGUGGGUCGACCUCAAAGAGCCGCGGGACAUGGUCGCCAGGCAGCGAGGUUCCCGCCCAUAAUGUGGAACAUGUUCAAUGCGACACUGCAGGGGGAAUUUCGCACGAACAAUCAUGUGGAGGGCUGGCACCGAAGGUUCCAGAUCGGCGUCGGUGCCGACCACCCCUCGUUUUGGCAGUUUUUGACCUGCCUAAAACGGGAACAUGCCAUGAACGAAGUAACGAUCGGACAAGCGCAAGCUGGAAUGGCGCCUCCCGCACGUAGGAGAGUGUACCAAGAUACCAAUCUCCGGCUCAUCAGGCUCGUUACUAAUUACCAUGGGAGAGACAUUGUAGAUUUUUUGAGGGGCGUGUCCCAUAAUCUUCACUAACGAUCAGUCACCUAUGCUAUUGUACAGUUUUUGAUCAGUCCAGUUGAAUUGUUUUAACAUG